AUGGCAAAAUCACACAACAAUUUAAAGAAUUUUAUGCCUCUUGUGUAUGCCCCUGUGGAAGUGGAUGAAGACUUAAUAGCAGAAUAUCUACAGAAAGUGAGAAUAGACCCCCCCCCUCCCAGACAACAUGCUCAGCCAGUAUCUCUCAUCAACGUAGAUGCUAAACUCUUCACCGUAAUAUUGUUGGAGAGACUGGCAGAGGAACUAAAGAAAGUUAAAGCAGACUUGAUAAGGUCCCAUGUCACUUGUCAGCAAAGAAUGGGGGACGAAAAUCUCAAUCUUACAGCAAAGGAACAGGAGUUACAAGAGCUACGGCAAAAGAAUUCAAUGGAGACAGAAUUAAAUAUAAAAAUAACUGAAGAAAAUGCACACCUAAAGGAAGAGAAACAGACCCUUGGAAGAGAUAAUGAGCUGCAAAGGGAGAAAGCAAAAGAAAAUGAAGAAAAGUUCCUUAAUCUUCCAAAUGAAUAUGAGAAAACACAAGCAACUUGGAAAAGUGAAGCCAAAGAAAGAGGUUAUGAGAAUCAAAUGCAGACAAGCCAAAAAGAAAACAAAUUUACACAAACAACAAAAUUAGUUUUUAAUAAUCUUGAACAAGAAGAAAUUGGGUUAAAAAAUCCUUGGUUUUUGGAUUUGGAUGAAAUACAAACAGAACAAAACAAUGCUGAUAUAGAAGAUUUAGAUUAUCUUGAGAAUAUUAUGAAUAAAGAUAAGACAUCGUGUCCUUUCAAGAAAAACCAAAGGGAGGCUUCUGUAAGCAAAGCCCUCUGCACAACUAAUUCUGUUACUUCAGAAUUGACCUGUGGAUCAUGUGCUGCUGACUGUGGAGAAACAGCAGCUGAAGGAAAAGUAGGCAAAAAUAUAUUUGAUAAAAUACAGACAAGGAUAGAAACAAACUCCUUAAAUAGUUACUGUUCCUUGAUGGAAGAACACAAGAUGCUCUUAGAAAGCACUGCAGCUUUAGAUUGUUCUAUUCCAGAUACAGAUCAUUGGACAAAGCUCAAUGAGCAUCUAGAUGGAAGUGUUGAAAAUGAAUUUAUUUCUGAAAUAAAUGAAAAUAUCAACAAUACACCUCCUGAGAGAACUCUCUCUGUAAAUGAAGCACUUAGUGAAGAGUCCAAAGUUCAGUAUAAUGCUGCUAGUGAGAAAACGUCAAAUAGCUGUUCGAAGGUUGAAAUUAAUCCUACCUUGUUACAAAAGUUAGAGAAUAAUUACACAUCCUUCCAGAACGACGGUUUUGAUAAAUGUAGUGACAUUUGUAAAGCAGAAGAAACACCAAGUCAGAGCUCCAGUUACAUAACCUCCAAUAUUAUUUUAUGUAAACAGAUUAAUACUUAUCCUGAAGAAAUGCAUAGUGCUAGUGCAUGCAAAAAUAACAGAUGCUGUGAGCAAAGCAGUACAUGCAGCACACCGGAGAAAACUCCACCUUCACUUGCUUUUUCAUAUAACAAUUUAGGUAUAAAUACUCUUAUUACCACUGGUGGAAACAUCAAUAAUCUGCCUCAAGUAAGGAAUUUUAAUUUAAGUGCUGAAAACUCUAAAUCUAAAGAUAAAAAUGAAACACCAACCAAUCAAUCAGAUAAGGACAAUUCUAGACUGAGAGAAAUGAUAGAAAAGACGCCUGAGAGUACAAACAAGGUUUUGUCUCUUAGCACUGAAAAUGUCCGUGAAUCUCAGACUGAAGAUCUGAAAGCUAACAAAGUUACCAGAGAUAAACAAAAAGAAUUCCAUAUGUCCAGAACUACAGGGGAACAAUUUUUUGUAGUUUGUGAGAAAGAGAACAUAUUAUUAAAAGAAUGGGAAGGGCCAUUAAGUAGGCCAGCUACAGUGGAAAUGGUUGUGGAAGGCAGCACAGAAGAACCAUGUUCUUUACCGAUAAAGACAACACAAGAUGUAAUAAACAGAAGUGGACAGUCACUCCUUCACCUUCCAACUACGGAUAAACCCCUCCCCAAAACUACAGCAAACUUAAAAUUACCAAGAGUAUGUCAAGGUGAAAUUCAAACAAUGUGCAAUUCCAAAAUGCCUCUCUCUUUGAAAGAAAAGCUAUUUUCACAAGAAGUAAAAAAUGCCCAUAGAUCAUUUGAAGUUGCUCAGAUGAAUAUGCAUGCUGUUGUAAGAGAAGAAACACUAGUUUCUAUCUGCAGUAAUAGUGUUGCUGACACUUUGAAUACCGGAAGUAUCAAUCUAGGCCCCAAGAGAAAUCCCAGUGAAGAAUGGAAUGCAAUAGCAAAGACUUUUUAUGAUCCUUCUUUUCCCACAGAACACGUCACAACAGAGUGUCCAUCAGGACAACAACAGAGGGCUUCUCAACCACUCUCUGAAGUCAGUGCAGCUAUUUUAAAGGACAGCUCACAGAACACCGGAGACAAAGAUUGGCAUUUGCAAAACGUAUUUAUAAAAGCUCAAAUCAACAAUAUUGAGAAGUUUCUGUAUUUAGAAAGGCUCUGCCAGCCCAGAAAGAGAAAGUACGAGGAAGAUACAGAAAAAACAGUGACAACAGAUAAAGCAGAAGUAUAA